AUGGCCAACGUCGCAGACGUACGACUGGCGUGUUUACUAUCCAAUGUCGCACAAGAGGACAUAUUCUCGUUGCCGACCGACGAGAUCGUACGCAGGGCGCUGCAAAGGCUCGCUGAGCACACGCAGCUCAUUGUCUGGGGCUCCCUCUUGGAUCGGCGCAUGCGUCUCCCUCGGAUACAAAAGGCAGAACUUCACAUCGACAAGCUGGAGGCACUCUCAGCGAUGCUCACCCAAAUGACCCUCCCCGUCGCCACACUGCCCAACUCCGUCGUCAGCACUGAGGGCGACUUCCUGCGGCGGGGCCGACUUCACCGCGUCACACGGGCCACCGAUUGCUUCGGCAUGCAGUGCCUCCAUCUCAUGCCCGCCCCACUGCCAGGCUACACCGAGGACGAUCUCGAGCCGGCGCCUCUGGACGGUACAUCGCUGACGAUGUACGUCCCGCGCCCCUCCGCUGUUUACGCGGGGAUCCUACGCAUGAUGCUCAAGUAUCCGCGGUGGUGCGCGGAGCAGUACAAGCUGCAGGCCGACCUCGAGCUGCUCGUCUACUACAACAUGCUCGGGCCCGAGAAGAUGUCCGCGGGGUACGAGCUCGAGGAACGCGAGAUGGAUAGGCGGGGUAUGGAGGCGGCCGAGCCCGUCAGGGGCUGGGGGCGGGAGGGCCAGUGGAGGGAGGGCGAGGAGUGGAUGGAGGACGCGCUUGUCGGGAUUGUGACGGGCGAGAAGGAUAUAACCAGUCUCCCACAUCUUGGCACUAUGGCCCAUGGGAAGAUCGCAUGACCGCGCAGAUCCCGAGAGACAUUGUUAGCCUUGUGUCUGCUCUACUGCGACCUACGUUGAAUGGAGCCAGGUAUGUCCGGCUGAAGACGAUCACGAAGAACUCGACGGACUGGCAUAUGAAGGAUUGACCGUCCCGCCGGGCGUCCCGAUGUGGGGGACGAGUUGAGGUUGAGGGUUCAGGCGGUGGAUGCGAG